AUGGAGUCGGGAAACCUCUUACGAUCGACGAUUUCCAUUUCAACGACAGAUUUAGAUCAAACGGAUGGGGUUUGGAAAAACCCAACCAUCCGAACUCGAUUCGGUCACCAAUUCGUAAUUACCAAAAUCAUGAUGAAAGUUGGGAUGGCGAGUCCCUGGAAAGAUAUUGGUCAAACUUUCCACAAGUUGAUCAACCAGAUCUGCAAGGAAGGGAAAUACCCGGCAAACCGCGACUUCCUUCCAAGGCCAAGAAAAACCGACUCCCACGCCUUGCUCCUUGGUAUGCUCGAAAGACGGAAAUCAGUCAUCAGCAAGUCAAGUGGAGAAGAAUAA